AUGGCCAAGUACCAACACCUGUUGGCCUUUGGCAUCGUUUCAUGGUGCCUGGCUGCCGAAGAUGAAUCUUCGUGCACAAACAGAUUGGAUUUGCUGGAUGUCUCCUUUUUUAUGCAGGUGAAGCAGAACUCGACAGUUCAGACAGUUCCUGCGCAACACAACCGGACCUGGCCAUCGAUGCUGCUCGACAACAUGAACCGAGCUUGGGCUGGCCAGCAAAUGCCGUUGAGUCCCGGAGCGCAGUCCUCCUCUGAAAGCUCCGGCACUGCGCUGCUGGACAUCAUCAUCAUCGUGGUGAUGAUCGGGUCGCAGACUGGGGGCAUCGUGCUGCUGAACGUGGUUACCAUGCUCUUUGGCAGCAACCAAGUGCUGGUCAAGAUCCUGGAGACGGAUGAUGCCACCCACGCCAUGGACAGCUUCUUGUGCAUGGGCCUCCGCUUCGGAGUCGGCGCCCUCGCGCUGAGGGCCUUUAUGUUAACCAAGCGGAAGGACAAGGCCGCACCAGCAUCGUGGGCAGAUGGCUCGACGGCCAAGGCUGGCGUGGAGCUCUCAGUGUGGCUCUUCCUGGGCUUCGCAACGCAGGCGGUGGGCCUGCAAUAUACUUCCGCCUCCAGCGGCGCGCUGCUGGGCAGUCUGACCACCGUGCUGGUGCCGCUGCUAAGCUUGCUGGAUGGGCGCCACAUAGACCGGCUGACUUGGGGCUCGGUGUGCCUCGCCUUGGUGGGCGCAGUGCUCUUCGUUGGGCCCAGUGCCAUCUCCAGGGCUAUCAGCAGCCGGGGAGACGUCUUGGAGCUGGGCAGCGCUGCGUUCUUUGCGGUGUACAUAUGGCGCUGCGAGAAGUUGAUCCGCCAGCUCCCGGAGAGCGAGGUGGCGCCCUUGACUUGCCUGCAGCUGGCGCUGGUCUCGUGCUUCUCCUUCCUUUGCUUCUUCGCGGAGGGCGUCAGCCUUGCGAGCGCGAUGCACAUGUUAGCCUUCCCUGCAGGCAGUUGGGCGCUGCUCUUGGCCCUGGGCGUGGUGACCACCGGCUUUUGCCUCUGGGCGGAGGCCAAGGCGCUGCGGGAGGUGGACGCCACGGUGGCCGCUCUGAUUUAUGCUUGCGAGCCUGUCUGGGGCGCCAUCUUCGCAUACGUUUGGCGAGGCGAAACCUUGGAUGGCCCCUACGCAAUGUCCGGCGCGGCUUUCCUGCUGGUGGCCUCGGUGACAGGCGUCAUGGCGUCCAUCGCUGAUGAAGGCUCUACGCUGGAUGCCAAGGGGCCCUGCAGCUAG